ACCGCAACUUUUAUUUUUUAUUUUUUGUCCUGCGUGGUUCGCGUGGGGGAGGGACUGGCGCGUCAGGCAGCGCUGGCACUGCGGGUGGGGAGCGCACGGUAGCGCGGCGCUGUUGUUAGGGUGACCGAGACGAGAUUGGGAGCACGUCAGUCAGACUGGCGCACGAUAUACCGAGCAGGAAGAGCGGCGCAGAUGAGAUGUGCAGAACAUGGCGGACUACGAGUGACACAAGCGAACUCUGACAGAGCUACAAGUAGCCCUAGUUGUUGGUUGAUCCCAGAAACACUGCAUGAUGCGUGAAUACAAGUUGGUGGUCCUUGGUUCAGGUGGCGUGGGCAAAUCUGCUUUGACUGUACAGUUUGUUCAAGGGAUAUUUGUGGAAAAAUAUGACCCUACAAUAGAAGACUCAUACAGGAAGCAAGUGGAAGUUGAUGGGCAGCAGUGUAUGUUGGAGAUCCUGGACACAGCAGGAACGGAACAAUUCACAGCCAUGAGGGACCUAUAUAUGAAGAACGGCCAGGGCUUUGCACUUGUCUACUCCAUCACAGCGCAGUCCACCUUCAAUGAUCUUCAGGAUCUGAGGGAGCAGAUCCUUCGAGUCAAAGACACUGAUGACGUUCCUAUGAUCUUAGUGGGCAACAAGUGUGACCUGGAGGAUGAGCGGGUAGUGGGCAAGGAGCAGGGCCAGAACCUGGCCCGCCAGUGGAACAGCUGCGCCUUCCUGGAGUCCUCUGCCAAGUCUAAGAUCAACGUCAACGAGAUCUUCUAUGACCUGGUCCGGCAAAUCAACAGAAAAACCCCAGUUCAGGGCAAAGCACGCAGAAAGUCCACUUGCCAGCUGCUCUAAUAGUCACCUGUACUGUUGUUCUGAGCCAGGUCUGAUCAUCUGCUGUCCUCUCCAGCAGUGCCAGCAUUCCAACUUUACUAAAUAUAACAUCGGAUGGACUUUUCCUUUGUGGUGAUGCCCUUUAACAGAAGAAAACCACCAACCAAAUUCAAAGCUACUACGUCCAUUUUUUUGCACACAGAUAACUGUAAUCACCCUACAGAGUCGCAAAAGAGAUUUUUUUUUUUUUUUUUCCCCCCCCCUCAUCUUUUAACCAUAUGCAACAGAAAAACAUCCACAGCCUACACACAGUAUUAUUACUAAUGGAGAAUUAUUUCUUCACCACUAUUGUAAAUUUAAGAAACUGUAGUCUAACAACUGUGUGGGUUGCCACGCAUUUGCCGUGGUAACUGCAGCAAUGUAAUAUUUAAAAACACCACUAUUUUAGCAAAGAUAGAGGUCCAAAGAGCGCCUAUAUAGCCUAUUUCAUACGACUAACUUUGCUCCUUUGGUAUUUUGUAUGUGCAUUUCCCUUUUUUCUUUUCCCUGUGGGUUUUUUUUUACUUUUUGAUUUCACGCCAAGAUGCUAUAAUGCAACAGCAGUUGAUUUUAUUGUAAGAUAGCAAUUAAAAUGAUCUAAGAAAAAUAUUCUGUUACUGUUAUAUUGUCUUUAGCCUAAGAUGUUGCCUUCGAAUGUUUUUCUUUCAGGAGAGCCCAGCUGAAGUCAGAUCAUCCUUUUGUUUUUUUUUUUUUCUUUUGUUUACAGAAAUGUUUUUACAGUGGGGUUUACAACAGAGAUUCUAUCUGGGGGGAUGUGGCAGUUUACGUGAGACCAAAACUCUGAGGGUGUUCAAACAAAUAACUGACACCCCCCAUUGCUAUCUUGACCAUUUCUAUCUUCCAGUUCAGACUUUGAGGUUAAAUCAACUGCCACGUCCACCUUAUUAGAAUCCCUGAACUACAACACGGAGUAUAUAUAUUUUAAAACAAGAGUUUUUAAUAAGAAAAAUAAAAAAUACCAUUUAUUUCACUUUCCAUUUUUUUAGCCACUGUAGAUUUAUAUCCCCCCCCAAUUGCCUGCUAGCAAACCUGUAAUUUCAAGGCCUAAACCAAAUACCUGGGUCCAGUAAACACAAUUGCCUGUUCGUGACCAUUUCUUUAAUAUUUGGGUUGAGAUGCUUGUUGGUGGAUGAUUGUUUUUGGGUUUGCCAGUAGAGAAUGUUAACUUUAUUUUUUAAAAAGUUACUUGUUGUUGGGGAGAGGAAGUUUCAAGAUUUUCUUUUUUGGUUUUGACUACUCAGUAAUUUAAAAGAAUGCCUUGUUGCUUUAUAUGCAUUGAAACAAAAAAGGAAAAAAAUUCUUGGAUGUAAAGUCAUGUGUUAAUGUCCCAUUGCAGAGCCACAUGAUUUGAAAAGCAACAUCUGCUUUUCUGAGGUGGCCAAAUGUAAACUUAAAAAGCCUUAAUUAAAAGUGGUGCAAUUUUGUAUAACCAAGCAUCUGUAGUUCAAUAAAUUGGAUUGCCAUGCAA